AUGAGAGAUGUUAUUAUUGCUGCAAUUCCCAAGAUGCAAACUACGACGUGUGUUACUUCUGAUCCGAAGAAUUUCUUAAUGGUGGGAUCUAUUUCUGAAGCUAUGGUAUCUAGGGUUCCUGCUAACAAUCCUAUUAUUGUUGAAUACAUGAAAUCUAGAAUUGAUGAUAAGGGUGAUGAUUCUGGAUCAUUACAAGAAGAACUUCCAAAGAAGAAACGAAAGAGUUCCAAGCACAAAGGUAAAUUUGGUGGAGAUGGUUCAAAGAAAUCAAAAAAGCUUAAGAAACGAAAGCUAACACAAGUUGUUGUUGAAGAAGAAUCAAGUGAGCAUAAUCAAAGCCUUGUUCAUAAUGAAAAGGAGUCUCCAAUCAAUGAUGAAAAAGGCAUAGAAAACGGUUCGCAGAAAACACCAAUCAUUUUAGAGCCGAUUCUGACAUCUGUAUCUACUCCAAUUGUCCCUUCGCUCAUGGAUGAUGAAGCUGGUAUUAUUAAACAGGUUGUUGAUGAUCCUUUAUUAACUCUUUCUCAAACACCUCCUACACCACCUAUUCAUUCUAACAUAUCUCAUUCCACUCCAAUUCCAACAAGUACCACUUUUGAUCCAACAUCUCAUGAUUUAAAGAAACCUUUUGAAAUUCCUAUUUUCAAAGAAGCAACAAUCACUUCUAUGUCAAAAACCACAUCGACUAAAGAACCUCCACCAGAGGAAGACGAACUGCAUCCAAAAUUGAAUAAAGAACAACUGGUUGAACAAGCAAAACAUGAUUUUGUGCUUGAUGAACUUCAUGCUUUAAAUGAAAAAAUCAUUGCUGAGAAAGUUGAACAGAAAAAUGUUGAAUCAGGUCUUACAGAUAAGAAAUCAAUGUUUCCUGACUGA